CUCCCUCCGGUUCCCCAGAGCUAUUGUCUAUGAAUGAAUAUGGACUUCUUUUAUUCCACGGGUGUGCCACCUGCCGGUGCGUCACGGCUCCUCUGACCAAUCCCGCCGCAGUGACUCUCCGUGCGCCCUUGGAGAUCCCGCGGUGCUCCUGACAUCGCCGCCCAAUCCACGUCUCGGUGACAGUAGAAGGUGCCGAGCCCCAUUAGCUUAGUACCGUUAGCGCUUCAGAUGUGAUUAGAUUGGACUGCCGUACUGCUGCUGUGCCAAACAUGGACGCGUGACAAGUUUCCCUGGAUUGUCUUUUCCUCAUCUACUUCUGCCGCUUUUGACCGCGCGCAUCCGCAAACGAUGUGAGACGCCAUGAUCCGGCUGGAGGAGGAUAAUCGUGCACCCCCAGUACACAGCAUGGACACCAAAAGGCACUCUGCUGAAAGGUGACCUCCAGGAAUUUCACCUCCACAAAUUAUUUGAAUAUGCCAGAACAUAACAAUGAGCUCCAACAGCACAGAUCCUGGUCUCUUCCUGACUGCCAGCACUCUACCACCAUCGGCUGCAGCUUACUCACAGUCCAAUACACCCUAUCAAGGAGGAACUGGAGGAACGCCCGUGGUUUAUCAUGCUAUGGAUGAUAAUUCCUCUUCUAUCGGCAAGCUCUUAACCUCCACAUUAGAACCCCAAAAUUGGACUGCAGUCCCUGAUCCCUUGGGUGGCCACGCUGUGUGGCAGGUUGUCAUCAUUGUCUUAAUGACUAGCAUGCUGUCACUGGUCACGAUCAUUGGGAACAUCCUGGUAGUAGUAUCCUUCAAGGUUAAUCGCCAACUAAAGACAGUCAACAACUAUUUCCUGUUGAGCUUAGCUGUGGCUGACCUCAUCAUAGGGGUCAUCUCCAUGAACCUCUACACAGCUUAUCUUGUGAUGGGCUACUGGGCCAUGGGCAACUGGGCAUGCGACUUGUGGCUGGCUGUAGACUACGUGGCAAGCAAUGCAUCUGUUAUGAACCUACUGGUCAUCAGCUUUGACCGCUACUUUUCAAUUACUAGGCCUUUGACCUACCGGGCCAAACGGACCACAAAGCGAGCUGGGAUCAUGAUAGGCUUAGCCUGGUUUGUUUCUCUUGUCCUGUGGGCCCCAGCCAUCCUGCUAUGGCAGUUUCUUGAGGGUGAAAGGACAGUGCCCUCAGGGGAAUGCUACAUUCAGUUCCUCUCACAGCCUAUUAUAACCUUCUGCACAGCCAUGGCGGCAUUCUACUUACCUGUGACAAUAAUGAGUGUUCUCUACUGGCGCAUUUACAAGGAGACCCAGAAUCGUUCAAAAGAGCUAGCUGGGUUGCAGGGCUCGGGUGGAAUAGGAGCAAGAGGUGUAAACGGUGGGGGCGAAAGAGCCCGUUUUGUCCAUCAGACAGGAAGUUCUAGAAGCUGCAGCAGCUAUGAGUUGACCAGGCUCUCUAGGAGAAAGAGCACAUGUCGGGAACUGGUAGGCCGCUUCCACUGCUGGCCUGGUGUUCGCUCUUGGAGACCUGGUAGUAUGCGACAGGGAGAUGGUGAUCCAGAUCAGAGUAGCAGUGACAGCUGGAACAACAAUGAUGCUGCAGUCUCUUUGGACCAGUCUGGGUCUUCAGAAGAUGAGGACUGUGGAGGUAGAGAUAUGAUUCCACAAAGUCAUGCUAUUUUCUCCAUUGUUCUUAGCCUACCUGGCAUAAAAGCUGCUGUUAAUUCCCAGCUAACCUCAUGUGAGGAUCUGGAUGGAGCCUCAGAGGAGGAUCCCCUUAGAGCAGCGGAGUAUAAUCGAGACAGUCUUUCAUCAGUAGCUCCAAACUCAAUGGCCACUGUUACUCCGGAAGGGCAAAACAGUUCAGAAAAUAGCUACCACCAACGCUUCUGCUCACGCAAGAUUCAAUCAUUGUCUUCCAUCCAGGCUACUUCUAACCAUAGGUCUCUGGAUGGUACCCCAGUAACCACUACCACUGCCUCCGACAGUACUACUACCAGCACAACCACCAAGUCCCCCUCAGGUCCAAUGUCCUUCAAGGAGGCAGCUCUGGCAAAGCGUUUCGCUGCCCGAGCCCGGACUCAGAUCACCAAAAGGAAGCGGAUGUCCUUGGUAAAAGAGAAGAAGGCAGCUCAAACUCUCAGUGCCAUCCUCUUUGCAUUCAUCAUCACAUGGACACCUUACAACAUCAUGGUGCUCAUCAAUGCUUUCUGUAAAACUUGCAUCCCAGAAACUCUGUGGGCAGUAGGUUACUGGCUAUGCUACGUCAACAGCACAGUCAACCCCAUGUGUUACGCCCUGUGCAACAAAACUUUUCGUACAACAUUUAAGAUGAUACUGUUGUGCCGCUGGGACCAGAAAAAAAGGAGGAAGCAGCAGUUUCAGCAAAGGCAUUCUUCAGUGGUCUUUCACAGGAGAAUUCCCAGGGAGUCUACGUAAAGGACGGAAAGUUAAGGUUGCUUGUAACAGAAAUGAAAAAUUUAACACAGAAGGAAAAGAAAGAAACAUCCAUUCAGUUGUUUCUGUGGAGUUUCUUUAUCUAGAGAUCUUUAAUGUUUUAUUCUGCUAUGUCAAACACAGCGACCCAAUGUGGUGGUUUUGCAGUAUGUGUUUGUGUUGGUGCAUCCAUUAAGCAAAGCCGUAUAUGUGUGUGAAGGUUUGCGUAAGGUGAGGUUCAGACAUGAAAGUUGUGCCUGUCCUUGAAGAACUUUUUAUCAUUUCACGCAAGUACAGCAGCAAGAAAGUGAAGUGAGUGGACAAUACUCGAAAAGGGCUUAAAAAACACAUUGCAGGAGAAAUACUGAAGUGCAAUUGAUGCAAAUAGAGAGGAUGUUGUCACAGAGUUGGGGAUUACACUUUUCUGAUCAUUUCUCUCUGUGGGUAGUUUGCUCUGUAACAUUCAGAGUGGUUUUGCAUUUCAAAUAAAACUAUAUAUAUAUUAAAAAAAUGUUCACAGGCUUCUACAUUUUAUUAAUUUGCCCAGCCAUCUUUUUGACUGGUAUGCAGUUUUAUUAGAAGUUCGGCACAUUGCGUUUCUACAUGUGCUCCUUUGUCAGUGUCUUUAAUGAAAUAUAAAAAGUUCUUAAAUUUUGUCCAUACAGUUGACAGAAAACUGUUAUUUUUGUGAUAUUUGUUUUUGGUUUUCUAGAGAUUUUGAGCCAGUCUGAAAAUGAUCCUUUUGAUGAACUGAGUUGUGAAUAUUUUGUGUGGCACCACAGUCAGUGAACUGCUGUUGUGUUCAAUGUGAUUGUUGUGGUUUGUAUGGUGGAGAUAAUAAGUACAAUGGUUGUGUUUUAUGUACUUGCAAUUUUCUGUCAAGUAAUGAUUAUACAGUAAUUAUAUUCUGUUUGUGUACAUUUGGAUAUUUCUGAAUAUGAUACACAAAGACUGCACACACAGACACAAUCACACACACAAAUAUGUCCAUUUGUUUAAAAAAAAGUGUGUUUUGAUCUUACAUUAUCUUUUGAAUUUCCACAAAAUUUCACAUCUAAGCAACUCUUUUGUAAAAGGAUGGCAAACUUUGAUAUAAUGGAACAAUGGCGGCCUCUAGUGGUGUACAAAAAGAUCUGUUGCUCAGGCUGUUAACAGUUCACCUUCCACACUGCAGUAUCAAAAUCGGAAAUGUAGCGAUACAGAUAUAGAUUGAUUUUAAUUCAAUCUAAAAUUUUAAUCUAAAUUUUAAAUGAAAACAGGUGACAAAUUCAAGAAAAAAUACAAUGAAGUGUUUAUAUUCAAUUGUACUUUAGAGGGAAGGUUCAGUGCAGAGCAGUAUAAAGUUAUUCUGAAUACAAAUAAUCAUCAUAAAAUACUUUUAAUAUGGUCGGCAAAAAAAGUGGCACUUAAUGGUCUUUUAAAAAAAAAUUUAAUAGAAUGGUGUUCUUCUCCUCCAUUAGAGUUUUAGGCACUUAUAAAGCCGGUUUAUUUUAAGCUUUUCUGGCAACACGUGGAGUCUAAACUCCAGUAGGUUUUUCAUUAAUUUGUCACCUGUUUGUCUCUGCCAUUAAAAACUGGUCAUAACUGUGCGUGACUUCUGUAAAAUUAUUAGUGAGACUUAAAAUUAAAAGCUGUAAUGCUUUACAGAAUUAUCAGGUUUUUCUAUCCAGAAAGCGUGAAAAUGCCACAGGUCAACCACUAAGAGUCGACACACAGAUAAAGACUUUCUUUUGUGUUUUCAUGCAUAUUGUGUUAUCUUUAUCCUAAGUAGAAGGUUUUUGUUAGUUUUUUUGCAGUAUUGCCACAUCCAAAUCUUUCAUUAUGAAUACUGUUCAGCAAUUACUGAAAAUAACUAAAAAAAACUGUACUACAACAACUAGCAUACAAAUGAAUGGCUGGAUCGUAUUAUAUUGGAAAUGAUGACAUGACUUUGGCUUAUGUGCUGUAUGCAAAGAAAUGUUAAAAAAAAAUCCUGUACCUGCCAUCAGUUAAUAUUUCAUUAGUUUUCAGCACAAUGCCAUAAUACAGAAAGCUAUUUUUGGCUGCUCCCUUAUUCACAAGGGGUCGCCACAAGAGGUGGCUCUUUGUAUUUGAUCUGGCAGAUUUUUAUGCUGAAUGCCCUUCCUGAUGCAGCCCCUGAGGAAUUUGUAUCUUCUCCCAGAAACAAACUAGGGAUCUUUCGCUUAUUAGGCGAAUGUGUAAACCACUACAGUAUGGAGCCACGGUACAGUGUCAGAAUACAUUCUUCAUCAACAAAUGAGGGGUUUUUUGUACUGUAUUGGGAAUGUAAACUGCCAACUUUGUGAACACAACAGUUUGUUACAUUUUAAGUAUGCCAAUCAUACUCAUAUUUUAAGCCAAUAAAAAAUAAAAAACCU